AUGGACAACAUAGAAGGGGUUUUAAACACAGUGCAAGUGGUCUUGGUAGGUACGACGAUCGCCAAUUUCCUUCUAAACACUGGUCGUCUUUCACCAGCCAUAGAGUUGUGUAAGGAAUGUUUGAGUUUACUAAACAGUCAGCCGCUUGAUAAGGAUGGACCAAUUACCCACUCAAUUCUCGUCCAACAGGGAAGGUUAAAUUUAUUACUAGCAACUACACUUUACACUCAAUCGAAGUUUGUGGAGGCCAGAAAAUUUUAUGAGAGAGCAAUAAAAAUCAUGAAAACGAAUGACGACGAACGAGGAAAAGCAAUUUGUUACGGAGGCUUAGCAACAUCACUUUAUUCCUUUGGAGAAUAUGACAAAUGUAAAAAAUAUCUGGAGAAGGCCCGUGCGAUUAGAAAGCAAAUUGGUGACAGAGUCGGAGAAGCAGUGUAUUACAGAGAACUAGGAGGACUGUCCAUAUUGCGUGGUAACUAUGAUAAGGCACAAGAAUAUAUCAAGAAAGCACUUGCCAUCAGAACACAAAUUGGUGACAAAAAGGGAGAAGGAAUGGAGCAAGGAUUCCUGGGAACAGUGUUCCAAAUGCUCGUGUUCCGAUCGCUUGGUAAUUAUGCCCAGGCGCAAGAAUAUCACGAGAGAGCACUGGCCAUCAGAAUGGAAAUUGGUGACAGAGCAGGAGAAGCAUUAGAUUACGGAAACCUAGGAACAGUGUUUCAAUCUAAAUAUAACAUGGCACAAGAAUAUUACAAGAAAGCACUGGCCAUCAGAAUGGAAAUUAGUGACAGAGCAGGAGGAGCAGCGAAUCCUUUGAAAUGGACCAAGUAA